AUGCCUCUGUUUCUGGUUCUUGCUACGUUACCGGAUCUAACCUGGAUCACACCCUUCUCAGCGCUCGGAUGGUUUGGCUUCGUCACCGGCUUCUUCAGCAGCUUUUAUUUUUUCCUCUCGGACGUCGUGUUUCUGGCCCCCGAAUUGCAAGACGAGCACAUAGAACCAUUCUUCUUUCCGGUAUACUGCUGCAUAUUUCUCUUCUCCAUGUACAACUUGUCGGUUCUCAUACCUUUGGAAAACAAGAUGAAGCAUCCUAGCAAAUUGCCAGUGAUUUUAUUCAUCGUUAUGAUGAUUUGCGUGAUUGUCAACACCAUUUUUGCCUUUUUGGGGUACAACAAGUAUCCAAAAACAUGCGACACUGUCAUCAAAAAUUUACCCAAAUCUGAUUCAUUGGCGCUAUACAUCAAAAUUGCUAUUUGCGUGUCGGUCGUCUGUACUUGGCCUAUUCAGUUUUACGCAUUAUAUUCGACAAUGUGGCCAAUGAUGAAAAAUCGAUUACCCGAUAAGUGGACCAUUAAACUGAUUUUUCGUUUAGUUGUUGCUCUAAUCAGCUUAUUAGUGGGUGUUGCUAUCCCGAAGCUGUCUCUUAUUCUGGGACUAUUCUCUACUAUUGGUAUGACUUCUAUGGUACUUUUGAUUCCAAUCUUAAUUGAAACAGCUACUAAAUGGGAACACCUUAGCAGCACGAGACGCAUCUUAAUGUCUGUCAAAAAUUUGUUCAUGAUUUUCGUUUGGUUUAUUCUUUUAGCAUUUGGAUUGUACCAAAACAUCAUGGACUUGGUGGAAGAAUUUACAGGCCAAAAACAGAUCGAAUUUGAUGAUAUUUGUUAGAGCUA